AUGGCAGUCAAUUCAAUGCUUAGAAAUCCAAUGGACUAUGACUUGAAAUUGUUACCGUCGAUCCGCCAUCUCGCCCAGUACGCGGCCUUCGCCAAUGAGCCUGGAGACGCAGGCGGCGCGUACUUUCGACGGCGAACACCAGACCUGCCGCGACCUUCAAAGCUCGAUGCGAUGGCCCCCUCGUCCAUAACCCAGACUCCUCAGAUUCAUUUGGGCAUCCGUGAUAAGACUACCCUAGUCGUUGUCUUUGUGGCUACGAUUCGCCAUGGCUCUACGAGGAUCUCAUUCUACGCCCUGGGCACUGCUCCUGGUUCGGAAGAUGCGUGGGUGCACGAACGCUUCCUGGACAUUUUCGACAACCUCCGCGGCUCGCUGGACGCUCAUAUCCGCCGCACCCUGGUAAAUCAGCCUGAGCCCAGCGAAACCAUGAGGAAGCUCAUCGUACCGGAUAAAGUCGAAAUCCGACUUCCGAGUCCCCUGCGCACCAAGAGCUAUUGGACGUCGUUUGAGAUUUUCUGCAUGGUGUGGGGGAUUGUUAUUGGCUCAGCUAUCCAUGCUCUGAAGGUCCUGCUUGACUACCAGGGGGUGUUCUUGCUUCUCUUGCAAGUCCAAGCCCACGAUCCCAAGAGGGACAUGACAGGUUUUCAAGGAGUUAUGGAAGGUCUCAUCCCACAAGGGGUAGAAGAGGUACAAUGGAAAGAGCAGAAAGAGUAG